CCUCAGCAGCUGGAGUGACGGGGGAGGCCCGACCUGGAGUGACGCCGCCUCCCAGCGCUGGAUCCAGGAGGAUUCCCGGCCACCUCCCCCUUCCCUCCGCGGCCCGGGACAUGCUGCGCCCCGGGGGGAGCUCCGCCCGGCUGCCCGGUGUGCAGGGACGGGAGAGCGGACUCUGAUACACGGAUCCCGGGAUCUCCCCAGACCGCCAGCCCGGGGAUUGAAGGGAGGAGGCCGGAGGCCGCAGCGGACAUGGCCGGGAACUGCAGCAGCUUCAGCCCGGGCACCGGGGAGAUCAUCCAGCUGAACGUAGGGGGGACCAGGUUCAGUACAUCCAAACAAACGCUCAUGUGGAUUCCAGACUCCUUUUUCUCUAGCCUCUUAAGUGGGAGAAUUUCAACACUCCGCGAUGAAACUGGAGCAAUAUUUAUCGAUCGAGAUCCAACGGCAUUUGCGCCCAUUUUGAAUUUCCUGAGAACAAAGGAACUUGAUUUAAGGGGAGUCAGUCUGAAUGUCCUGCGCCAUGAAGCAGAAUUCUAUGGAAUUACGCCACUGGUUAGAAGAUUGUUGUUAUGUGAAGAACUGGAACGGUCGUCCUGCGGCAGCGUCUUAUUUCACGGAUACUUACCUCCUCCAUCUAUCCCCAGCCGUAGGUUGACUUGUGAGAUGUCCGCCUCUGCUGAGAGUAAAGUCACCCAGAGACCGUGCGAGGGAGCGGCCCAGAGCAUUGACCUGCAGCCCACGCUCACUGCCGUAGAAGGAAUGGUGAAACUUGGAAUCCCAGUGGAUCCGCGGAAAGUGCUAAUAGUAGCAGGCCAUCACAACUGGAUUGUCACUGCCUACGCUCAUUUCGUGGUGUGCUACAGGAUAAAGGAAUCCUCCGGCUGGCAACAGGUCUUCUCCAGCCCCUACCUAGACUGGACCAUCGAAAGGGUGGCGCUCAACGCCAAGGUCGUGGGGGGCCCUCAUGGCGACAAAGACAAGAUGGUGGCUGUUGCCUCUGAGAGCAGCAUCAUUCUGUGGAGCAUCCAGGACGGCAGCCGGGAGAGUGAAAUAGGCGUGUUUAGUCUCGGCGUGCCGGUGGAUGCCCUGUUCUUUAUCGGUAACCAGCUGGUGGCCACCAGUCACACGGGGAAGGUCGGCGUAUGGAACGCGGUAACUCAGCACUGGCAGGUCCAGGAUGUCGUCCCUAUUACCAGCUACGACACCGCCGGCUCCUUCCUUCUGUUGGGAUGUAAUAACGGGUCUAUCUAUUAUAUAGAUAUGCAGAAGUUUCCAUUGCGCAUGAAGGACAAUGACCUGCUGGUGACAGAAUUGUAUCACGAUCCCUCCAACGACGCCAUCACGGCUCUGAGUGUCUACCUCACCCCCAAAACCAGUGUCAGUGGGAACUGGAUUGAGAUCGCGUAUGGUACAAGUUCUGGGGCAGUGAGGGUGAUUGUGCAGCACCCGGAGACGGUGGGAUCCGGUCCUCAGCUCUUCCAGACAUUUACCGUUCACCGCAGCCCGGUUACGAAGAUCAUGCUGUCGGAAAAGCACCUGGUCUCAGUUUGUGCUGAUAAUAACCACGUCCGAACCUGGACGGUAACUCGCUUCCGCGGAAUGAUCUCCACUCAGCCAGGAUCAACCCCUCUUGCCUCCUUCAAAAUCCUGUCUCUGGAGGAAUCGGAAAGCCACGGGAGCUAUUCCUCCGGCAAUGACAUAGGGCCUUUUGGAGAAAGAGACGACCAACAGGUGUUCAUCCAGAAGGUGGUUCCUAUAACAAACAAAUUGUUUGUGAGACUUUCUUCAACUGGAAAAAGAAUCUGUGAAAUCCAGGCCGUAGACUGCACUACAAUCACGUGUUUCACCGUCCGAGAAUGUGAAGGCUCCAGCCGGAUGGGCUCCCGCCCGCGGCGCUAUCUCUUCACGGGACACUCUAAUGGAAGUAUUCAAAUGUGGGACCUGACUACAGCCAUGGACAUGGUGACAAAGACUGAGGACAGAGAUGUCGGAGGUCCAACAGAGGAAGAGUUGCUAAAGUUAUUAGAUCAGUGUGACCUGAGCGCUUCCCGCUGCGCAACGCCAAACAUCAGCCCCGCCACCUCCGUGGUUUACCAAGGCCGCCUCCGUGAUUCCAGCUCCAGUUUACAACUUCAGCAUGAAACCAUACACGAAGCUGCCACUUACGGCUCGGUGAGGCCGUACCGAGAGAGCCCCCUGUUAGCGCGAGCUCGGCGGACGGAGAGCUUCCACAGUUACCGGGAUUUCCAGUCCUUCAGCUUCAACAAAAACAUUUCUGAAAAAGUUAACCCAGAAAAUGGGAGUUUUUUGGUCAAGAAUGAUGCAAAACAAAGCGAGCACGAGAGCUGCUCCCCCGACAAGAAAACCGGGGUGACCCAAAAAGCAAGCAAGGUUCUGGAUUCCUGCCGCAGUCCUGACGCUACAGAGGUCAGGAAGAGGAGCGGGGAAGAGGAGAACGAGCCCAAGUUGGACACAAAGAGAAAAAGCAACUUUGAAGGAGCAUUUCUCAAUAGACGGAAACUCUCACAAGUACCCAACCUCAGCUCAUCGCCAGGUGAUGGUGGAAAUGAGCCACCGGGUAACGCCUCGCCAUCGCCUACUAAAUCUACAACCUCGUAAGACAUGCGUUUUGACAUGCCUGGACUUUACACUGUAAAACUCAUUAUUUGGGAAGGAGUCUUUACACUCAGUGGGGUGUUUCCUAACACAAGCUGGAGAACCCUACAAGACGUUCUCAUGUGUUUCCUUCUACUGCUGAGAAAGCAUGUUUAGUAUUACUACAAACUAUAUUUAUUCAUUUUUGGAAACUUCACAUAAGAUGCAUAUUUUUACUUUUUGUUGUUGCUAUUGUAAAUUAGACAUGUUCCGUCCGGGAUGUCUCUGUAACAAUGUUAUAUAUAUAUAUAUAUAUAUAUAUAUAUAUAUGUAUCUCUCUAUCAUAACUUUUUUUAUUUUUAAGAUACGUAAUUGUAUACAUAGACUAGUGAAUAAUUUAUUGUUCUAUAAAUAGUUAUUUAUCCUACUACCGGAAACACUGACGCAGCAAAUAGACAUUUAUCAAAAAAUAUUUAAGUUUAUUUUGUUUUUGGAAAAAUAUAGCAUAAUUUUGCACGUGGCGCAACAUAGUCCUUUUAUAUUUCAGCAGCGUUUGCAGAGCGUGGCGCGCACAGCAAUAUUGCACUCCCGUACACACCGACGUCUUCAGUGCAAUCGUGGUCUAAUCAUAGAUUAUUUAGAUUUUAUUUUGGCAGAAUGUCCAGAAAAUAUUGUAACAUUGAUCAAGCUGGAAAAUAAAAAAGACCAAUGAGUGUCGUUUUAUAAAAGGAUUAUGGGACGGAGUAUAUAGCGGAGAUGUCACUGGGGCAGAUUGUACAAUUGUGACGUGUCUGUGAUCACUGUAACAGUCAUUUUACACAACCCAGUAAUGAGAUAAUAAAGCUGUAGAUUACUA